AUGGAUUCCCCAAAGGAUGUCCAGAUGGAUGAUGGAAACUCCCGGGUCCACGAGCCAUUUACUGUGGAGGAGAACAUCCACCAGCUGAAUGCGAUUGAUAAAUCCAUCGUGGAUCUAAUGAACCACACUGCCACCGCGCUCAACGCCCUCACUAUCCCCAUCAACUCCCCAGACUCGCAGGCAACACUUCCGCAGCAAGACCCGUCGGCGAAGAAGGCCGCGUUUCGUGGUGCAACCGAUUCGUUCUUGGACACGCUGCAUGCUGUUGAUGUGAAGAUGAAGCGCCAAAUCAUGGCUCUCGAAGAGGCUGGUAUUGUGAACUUGUCUGCUGGAGCAAAGCAGGAACCCGGCAGCAGUGGUCCCAAAACGGCAUCCCUCAAACCUAACGGGAUGGGGGCCGUUGGAAACCUCGAUGUUGGCUGGUUGAAUAGCCAUGGCUCUAGGGUGGAGAGAGACAUGGAAGCCGAGCUUUGGGCGGACGCAAGAAAGUUCUUGGAAAAGGAGGGAAGCGAUAUCAAGUUGGAAACGCUUAAUUUCCCUGUUAUCGGCCAAACUGGCUUGCAGUCUCCGGACUUGAGGGGAGGCUAUGAUAGUUUAUUGCACUCUCCGCACUCCAGCCACCCUGCACCUGUACUCGUCUUCGCCUCCGCCUCCGCCUUUGCCUUCGUCUCCGUUGCUCGCCUCCUACUUCGCCGGAAGCAGUGA